CUCCCAACGAAGUAACUAUAACUAAAAUUAAAUAAAAAGAAGCCACGACGAAGGGAAAAAAAAGUGAGAUCCAAAGAGAGCUCGAACACACAAAGCAUUCGCUAUGGCUCGCUCAUUCGGAGCAAACGGCACCGUUGUGCUCGCGAUCAUCUUCUUCGGAUGUUUAUUUGCGUUUUCAACUGCUAAAGAAGAGGCAACCAAGUUGGGAACGGUGAUUGGGAUAGAUCUUGGUACUACUUACUCAUGUGUUGGUGUUUACAAGAAUGGUCAUGUUGAGAUCAUUGCCAAUGACCAAGGAAACCGUAUUACACCUUCGUGGGUUGGUUUCACUGACAAUGAGAGGCUCAUUGGCGAGGCUGCUAAGAACCAGGCGGCUGUUAAUCCCGAGAGGACUGUCUUUGAUGUGAAGAGAUUGAUUGGGCGAAAAUUCGAGGAUAAAGAGGUUCAGAAGGAUAGGAAGCUUGUUCCGUACCAGAUUGUGAACAAGGAUGGCAAGCCAUACAUUCAAGUCAAGAUCAAGGAUGGCGAGACUAAGGUUUUCUCUCCUGAGGAGGUCAGUGCCAUGAUCUUGAUUAAGAUGAAGGAAACUGCUGAAGCUUACCUCGGAAAGAAAAUCAAGGACGCUGUUGUCACUGUUCCAGCUUACUUCAACGAUGCCCAGAGGCAGGCUACAAAGGAUGCUGGUGUUAUUGCUGGUCUCAAUGUUGCCAGAAUCAUCAAC